UGUUGAUUAACAAUUAAACUCAUUUUGCUACUCGCAAGAGCCAUGAAAACCACUGUCCCUUGCCCAUAAACAGAAGAAGACUUUCUUCUCUCAUCCAAAAUUUUCAAGUGUUGCGGAACUCAAGUGGAAGGAAAACUUCGAGGUUAAGGGAAUUACUACUAAUAAGUUGUCCUAAUACACUGAAUUGUAGAUAGGAAUGAGGAUAUUUUGGUUUGGUUACUUCGAGGACCUAUGGAGGGCAUGUGUUUCGAACGUCUAUCAUGACUAGGGGUAGCAUCCUAUGCUGAAGGUACUCGUAUACCUAGACACGAUGAGCCUAACAACCAAAUUAUCUGGAAUAAGCAACAUUGAAAGGAAGAGAAGCAAAUGGGCCAUCUCUAUGCAUUGGACUUUGAUGGAGUUCUUUGUGAUACCUGUGCAGAGACAGUUAUUUCUGCUCUUAAGGCUGCCAAGUUGCGAUGGCCAGCCUUGUUUGACAGUGUGGAUUCAGCUACAGAAGAUUGGAUUGUUCAACAGAUGAUUACAGUGCGACCAGUGGUGGAACAUGGAUAUGAUACUCUUUUACUUGUGAGGUUGUUGCUUGAGACAAGAGUUCCUUCCAUCAAAAAGUCUUCGGUGGCAGAGGGGCUCACAGCUGAGGGCAUAUUAGAGAACUGGUUGAAAUUGAAGCCUAUCCUGAUGGAAGAGUGGAAUGAGAAUAAGGAUGAUCUGAUAGAUCUAUUUGGGAAGGUCAGAGAUGAUUGGUUGGAGCAGGAUUUCCCUGGUUGGAUUGAAUCCAACAGAUUCUAUCCUGGUGUUGCUGAUGCAUUAAGAUUUGCAAGCUCAAGAGUGUACAUUGUCACCUUAAAACAGAGCCGCUUUGCCGAUGCUUUACUUAGAGAACUUGCUGGAAUAACCAUACCACCCGAAAGAAUGUAUGCUCUAGGAUCUGGUCGUAAAAUAGAAGUGCUGAAGAAGCUUCAAAAAAUGCCAGAACACCAAGGGAUGACACUGCAGUUAAGAUUUAUGUGCAUCCAUAGCUUUGUGGAAGAUAGAUUUGCAACCCUUAAAAAUGUGAUCAAAGAGCCAGAGUUAGAUAAAUGGAGUUUGUAUCUAGUGGAUUGGGGGUACAACACUCAGAAAGAGAAGGAUGAAGCAGCAGCCAACCCCAGGAUUCAGCUUCUUGAGCUCAAUGAUUUCAGUAGCAAGCUGAAAUAAUAAUUCAAAUUGAGUCAUCAAUAAUUUCGUUAAAUAUUUUUUCCGGAUAAAUUCCUUUUGAACUUCUAUCAUUAAGUGCGGUCAGCUGCAUGCAUCAUAUCAUCAUAAAUCAUAUGUGAUGAUAGACUAUUCUCUUAUAGCAUUCACAAUGGAGGUCCUUCUUCUUUUUAUGAUGUUGAGUUUAUUUGAUAAUGAUGAUUAUUUGGAUCAGAUAAUUGGGGUUACAACACUGCACAAGAGAAAGAGGAAGCCACAACUAUCCCUAGAAUUCACCUUCUUGAUCUGUCAGACUUUAGCAAGAAGUUGAAAUAGGGGGUCUCUAUUGAAUUUUCAAUUGUCAAUCAUUGAGCAACUACAUAUUUUCUUCUAACUCCUUUGACCUAUAAAAAAAUUCUAGUGAAGAGGGAACACACUUUUUACUUAGUAUACUUCUUCCUCUUUUAUGGUCUUGCUAAAAUGCAGUAAUUUGCAACUUUGAGCCACUGAUUUUAUAAAA